CAUGCCCAACUCUUUCCUCAUAUCUUUUCCCAAAUUUUCAAUCUUUCCCGCCUUAGUCUCAUCCCCUGUCCCUUGCCUUGCCUUUACUUCCUCCAUCUUCCUGGUCCCUCUCUGUUUAUCUUUCCCUCCCUUAUAUCUGCUCUCAAUCAAAUCAAAAGAAAUCUAAUUUUAUGAUUUAAGGAAAAAAAAGCUUCUAUUUGGGUCGUUGAAGGAGGCGGGAGGCGAGGGAGGACACGAGGAAGAAGGGUCGGAUGGUAGCAUUGGAAACAGCAUCAACGACAACAGUAACAACAACAAUAGCAGUGGUCAUAAACAUGGGCAUAGCCGAAGCAUCAGUUAUGGCAGGGACGAGAAGGGGAUUUUUGAAUAUUUAAGGUAGACUCUCACUUGAAGUUUUGGCUUGUGUUGGAAACAUUACAAAAGCCAUGGGACAUGCAGUGGAGUCCCAUGUCCGUUGUCUCCUUGAUGUUAUGUUUUCUGCUGGUCUUUCUCCCACUCUUAUUGAAGCACUUGAGCAAAUAACUGUGAGCAUUCCAUCUUUGCUACCCACUAUUCAAGAUCGGCUUCUUGAUUCCAUAUCCUUGGUUCUUUUAAAGUCCCCAUAUUUUCAGGCAAGGUCAGCUGCCGCCUUGGUUCGAGGCACUGCUGCAAAUAUUCCUCAGCCAAUGUCUGAGCUUAGUGGUUCAGCCCUGGUUCAACUUGCUUUGCAGACUCUUGCUCGUUUUAAUUUCAGGGGACAUGAACUUCUUGAGUUUGCAAGAGAAUCAGUUGUUGUGUAUCUUGAUGAUGAGGAUGGAGCCACACGAAAAGAUGCCGCCUUAUGCUGUUGCAAAUUCUUUUUCCGGAGUUGUGUGUAUGCAAUUUGGUUUCAGUUGGUCAAACUGAGCUAGAAGAAAACGAAGGAGUCUUGUUGAGGAGCUUAUGGAGAAGCUUCUCAUUGUAGCUGUUGCAGAUGCUGAUGUUACUGUUCGCCAUUCUAUAUUUUCCUCUCUCCAUGGAAAUAGAGGUUUCGAUGACUUUUUAGCACAUGCCGAUAGUUUAGGAAAAAGACUUGAAAAUCAUGAGAGAAGCUAAGAUCCGAGAAGAGAUGUUAGAUCCGAAAGCUUCACUUCGUCGAGCAAGGGCAGAAGCAUCUCUUGCUGAUGGUAUCUCAUAGGGCAUUGGAGAGGACGCUAUCGAAGAAGCUGAGGUUUGUGUAACUUGUAUUUUUAAUCAGAUUGAAAUACCUUGAAACUAAUAAAAUUAGCUUAGAUGCAACUUUGUAUGGUUGUUUUGUUUUUAACAUUUUAUGCUAUACAUAUAAUUCUGUUAACUAGGAAUUUUUUUGUU